ACCCAUCGGCAAUACAAUAAAGAGCUGGCGGCGAAGUCUCACCGCCGGCGCUUGACUUUGCAGUCUUCUCAUAAAGCAAGCCCUACUCAGUGCUGCCCUGGGAUGAAGAUGCCGACCAUCGCCAUCGUCAUCACCACCGUCUUCAUCUUCCUUACUGCUACCACCACUGCCGCCCCAAUCAUAGGUCUUGACUCCUUUCUUACCCAUCAAGCCCGUGUCGACCCUCAAGCCUCCAACGACUCCUUCCACUCUCUUCCCUCCUCUAUCAAGAGAUCUCUUUCUCUUUCUCAUUCUCAUCCUCAUAUCCCUUCCCUCAUUUCGUCCCUUCUCUCUCUCUCAGUGCCUCUCUCUGUCCAUGUCCGUCUCGUCGGCGAUUUUCCUUCCGAUUCAUCUUCCCUCUUGAACUCGUUCCUCUCCGCUUCCCAGCCUUCCAACCACUUCCACGUCAUCACCCCCUUCGACCACCAGAACCACCGUCUCUCUCUCAGGCAUGAGCUCCAUCUCUCUGUCUCUCACUCUUCUUCUUUAGCUUCCAUUCUCUCCGAUAAAAUCAAAUCUGAGAUUGCCCAAACCCCAUCGAGCCUUAGAUCCCCUCUUCUCGCUAUUCCUCAUGCUUCCGUGGAUCAGAUCAUCAAGCAAGACUUCGAGAAGGAAAAACCGGUCGAGGGGGUUUAUAUAUAUCUCCUCAAUUUAGGCGCCCAGUCGAGACCAUAUGCUUAUAAUUACGGGUCUGGGGAUUCGUCUCCUGGUGUCACUAAGUGUUUGGGGAGCAUAUGGACUGGGAAAGAGAGAUACGUGUGGAUUGAUUUGGGUGCAGGUCCUGUGGAUUACGGCCCGGCAAUUUCAGGAGAUGGUGUUUUGCCUAGAGGCGAGUUUCAUCCUCUGGCGGCUCUCCAUGGUCGACCCAAGUCGCAGAAAGCAUUGCUUGCGGAUUUGGCUUCAUUGAUUUGGAGUGCAUAUCAGGUUUUUCUUGUGCCUUCUUUGAGAAUUCCAGUUCCUUUUGAGAAUUCGUUGAUAGUUCAGUUCAUACAUGUGCAUGGCUUUGGGGGGAAGGAUAUUAAUGGUCUGGAUUGGAAAUCUAUUGAGAAGACGUUCAGGGACGAGUUUGAUGAUAACGGCCUCUUGUUAAGUGACCAGUCUUUGAGUUUUAAGGCUUACGAGGUUGAAUAUUCUGAUUGCCGAAUAUGUUCGUUUGCUAUUUCAAGGUCUCUUAAUUCCUACACUUCGAGGUUCUUGUUUGAUAACUACACUUUGAUAGUGAGCGAGUAUUUAGACUCUAAGCGUCUACACCAGAUAUUGUCUGAGUCGGCUGAGGAGUUCAGGAAAGCAGCUAAGGUGCCUGAGGAGGAUUUUGGUAGGGUCAUUCCUGUGUACGUGUUUGAUUUAGAUUACAACACAGUUGUCUUGCUUGAUCGGUAUCACCAAUCUGUGGCUUUCAAAGACAUGGUUAUUGCUGUGAGGACGAAGAAUACUCAGACUGUAAGUGAUUAUAGCUGCAAUGGUCGCCAUGUAUUCACUCAAACUAGGGAACUUGAACGGCCACUUGUUGGGUCAAUUCUACAGAGCAUGUGGGGAGUGUCCCCAACACAUUUGUCAUGGAGCCCAAGACACAAUAAUACUUUGGUUGAUUACACAUGGAGCAUAGGGCAGACUCCAUUCGGGCCAUUCUCAGAGAAUUCAUCCCUGUCUUUUGUGCAGAAAGAUGCGGCAAGGAGAAAUGUUCUAUUGACAUCCUUGAAUUACAGUGUAACAAGCGCUAUCGAUGUUCUUGAGUCCAUACAAACACAUGGUGGAGACAGAAAUCUACUCAAGCAAAAGCAGCAUGUUGAGUUCAUCCAAAGAUGGAAUCUUUUCAAGUACAAGCUGGACAAAGUGAUUUCUGCAUUAUCACAUAUGGAUUAUGAGAGGGCUUUAUUUUACUUAAGGUUGUCUGAUCAUGAUCUGUAUGCCAUCCACUCUAUCGUCUAUCAUGCCUCCCAAGAAAUAGAGGCAUCCCUUGUGUGCUUUAAGGAUCCUCCAUUUCCUUGGACAUCAGUCUCAUUUUCUGUAGGGGCUUUCCUUGCUCUCUCUUAUGUUUAUGUUAAAAGGGAUAGACUUUUUAGAAAUAAAAGGAAGCAAUUUUGAUGUUGUUAAGAAGGGAGAAAGUUUGUAUGAUUUCAAGAAAACAUUGCACAUGUAUCAUUGUACAAGAGGUAUGCUGAUGGGCAUAGAAGCGUAGUAUUUAGAUUUCUUAACAAAUUAACUGCAGUUCAACCAGCCA